AUGGUCUUCAUCCUCGGCGUGAACUUCCCCGAGCGGAACCUUAAAUCGCUUGAGUCAUUCUUUGGCAUUGGUUGCCACACCUCGUCGCGGCUCCUUGCCCGGUUCCACGUCCACCCGACAUGCAAGGUUGGUGAGCUGGCCAACAAGCAAGUCCUCGAUAUCACUGCUGCUCUAUCCGACAUGAAAAUCGAGAACGAUCUCCGGAGAUCAAUCCUUGACAACAUUAAACGAUUGAAGGAGACGGGUACAUAUCGUGGUAGGCGUCAUGCUCUAGGACUGCCGGUCCGGGGACAAAGAACAAGGACCCAGAUCAAAACUGCUGUCAAACUCAACCGUAUGGAAAGAAGGCUCUGA